UAUCUAUUAUAAAAAUUUCAUCCCGUUUUAAUGGUAACAACAACAGAGGGGGAUCAGGUGGGAUUAGUUCGACGGGCCUGGGAUCGGAGUGACACAGAUAGCUUCGGCGAUAUAGGAACGCCUGUAAUCCCCCAAUAAUUCCCCCUAACUUCUCUCACCUUACAUCGAGAUUGAACUGAUGCGAAAUAAGGUGUGCUGAAUUCAAAACCUUCACAUCAUGGCCAAACUGACUUUGCUGACGAAAUUUUCACUGCUUUUGCAUUCUGUAAUCGGUGCCACUCUAAGAUACAAUCUUCAUGGACUGAGUUCCCCGCACGUAUCACUCCUGUCAUCCACUAGACCUUUUCCUUUGAAUGAGCAUUUGGACGGAGCGAUGCCAUCAUUAGGAAACGGCAACAAAUUUAUGUUGACAUUUUACCAGAAUUUGUUGGAUGGACAUUCUCUGUCCAAAGCUGCCCAAACAAACAGCAACAUCAAAGAGAAAGUCAACACGAUUCGAAGUGUAACUCCACAAGGUUAGUAUGAUGUCUUCAAUAUCCGGGCACUUCCACCAGAGGAUGAUGUCCACCACGUGGAGCUCCGGUUCAAUUCUCACACAGUUCGCAGGAGAUGGCUGAAAAUAGUAAUAAAGCGUAUGAAUAAAACCAUUCGAACAUUUCAAUGCAGUACAUCGAAUAGUUACGAUGUCACCGCGUUCGUUCGACCUUGGAUAUCAAAAAACGACAAAGACUUGCAUGUAGAGGUGAAACAAAAUAAAGUCCCCGGAGAUGAUAGUAUAUUAUUAAUAUUUUCAAAUGACAGAACACAAUUGAACAAACUAUCAACAAUAAGUAAUAUUUCUGAGGAGGUUACUAGUGAACAUCAUUCACGAAACAAAAGAGCUGCUCGCCGACGUAGAAGAGACUGUCACUUGUCCAACAUGCGUAUAAGUUUUUCAAACCUCGGUUGGGGACAAUAUAUCAUUUUUCCAAAGACUUACAACGCAAGGGUGUGUAAAGGAAUUUGUUCAACCAGUGUCACGCAACAAAGAGCGGUAACAAACCAUGCAAUGAUGCAAAGUCUAAUGCGCCAAUCAGUAAACGGUAACUUCCCCUUGCCUUGUUGUGUACCGAAGACUUUAAGUCCAUUAAGCAUUCUGUAUUUUGAAGAUGAUCAGAUACUCGUAAAACACCAUAAGAACAUGGUGGCUGAGGAAUGUGGAUGCGAGUGAAAUGAUAGAGCAGUAGAGCAUACUGUUACCCAUUUGUUGGUGCAUGGAAACUCUACAACGAGGCAG